CACAACGCCCCUGUGUGUCGUUCCCCCGCCACGGCGGGCUGGGCGGAGCUGCCCCUUCUCGGUCCUCUCCUCCCUCGCCUCUCGUGGCCGCCUCAUUGCGCCUGUGCAGCCCGAUGCGUAAGUGGAGGCGGAUCUUUUCCCGCCCCUCCGUUGGCUGCGGCAGCGGCGCUGCUGCGAUGGCGGCCCUGGUUGUAAACAAGCCCGGAGCCGGCAUCGAGAGCAGCAAGCACGGCGCCCGGGGCCCCACCGCCGUGAAGGUUCUAGAAUGUGGAGUUUGUGAAGAUGUGUUUUCCUUGCAAGGAGACAAAGUUCCACGCCUGCUUUUGUGUGGCCACACUGUCUGUCAUGACUGUCUUACACGCCUUCCCCUCCAUGGAAGAGCAAUUCGCUGCCCAUUUGAUCGACAAGUAACUGAGCUAGGAGAUUCAGGUGUCUGGGGAUUGAAAAAGAAUUUUGCAUUGUUGGAGCUUUUGGAACGACUACAGAAUGGCCCUAUUGGUCAAUAUGGAACAACAGAAGAAUCAGUUGGAUUAUCUGGAGAGAGCAUCAUACGCUGCGAUGAAGAUGAAGCCCAUGUUGCAUCAGUGUAUUGCACUGUUUGUGCUACUCACUUGUGUUCAGAGUGUUCCCAGCUUACCCAUUCCACAAAGACCCUCGCAAAGCACAGGCGUGUGCCUCUGGCUGAUAAGCCUCAUGAGAAGACCAUGUGCUCCCAGCACCAGGUGCACGCCAUAGAGUUUGUUUGCUUAGAAGAAGCUUGCCAGGCUAGCCCUCUUAUGUGCUGUGUUUGCAAAGAAUAUGGAAAACAUCAGGGUCAUAAGCAUUCUGUAUUGGAACCAGAAGCAAACCAGAUCCGGGCAUCGAUUUUAGACAUGGCUCACUGCAUACGAACUUUUACUGAAGAAAUUUCAGAUUAUUCCAGAAAAUUAGUUGGAAUUGUUCAGCACAUAGAAGGGGGAGAACAAAUUGUGGAAGAUGGAAUUGGAAUGGCCCACACAGAACAUGUACCUGGUACUGCAGAGAAUGCUCGAUCCUGUGUCCGAGCCUAUUUUUCUGAUUUACACGAAACUCUGUGUCGUCAGGAAGAAAUGGCACUGAGUGUUGUUGAUGCACAUGUUCGAGAGAAACUGAUUUGGCUGAGGCAGCAGCAAGAGGACAUGACUAUAUUGUUGUCACAGGUUUCAACAGCCUGUCUCCACUGUGAAAAGACUUUGCAACAGGAUGACUGCAGAGUGGUUUUGGCAAAACAAGAGAUUACCAGGUUACUUGAAACGUUACAGAAACAGCAACAGCAAUUUACCGAACUUGCAGACCAUAUCCAACUGGAUGCUAGUAUUCCUGUCACUUUUACAAAGGAUAAUAGAGUCCACAUUGGACCUAAAAUGGAGAUCCGGGUUGUCACUCUAGGAUUGGAUGGUGCUGGAAAAACUACCAUUUUAUUUAAAUUAAAACAAGAUGAAUUCAUGCAGCCGAUCCCAACAAUUGGUUUUAAUGUGGAAACUGUAGAAUAUAAGAACCUAAAAUUUACUAUUUGGGAUGUAGGAGGUAAACACAAGUUAAGGCCAUUAUGGAAGCAUUAUUACCUCAAUACACAAGCUGUUGUAUUUGUCAUUGAUAGUAGCCACAGGGACAGAAUAAGUGAAGCACACAGUGAACUUGCAAAGUUAUUAACGGAAAAAGAGCUGAGAGAUGCUUUGCUGCUGAUAUUUGCAAAUAAACAGGAUGUUGCAGGAGCACUUUCAGUAGAAGAAAUAACAGAACUUCUUAGUCUACAUAAACUCUGCUGUGGUCGAAGCUGGUAUAUUCAGGGUUGUGAUGCACGAAGCGGGAUGGGACUGUAUGAAGGACUGGACUGGCUUUCAAGGCAACUUGUGGCUGCAGGUGUACUGGAUGUGGCUUAAAUUUACAUAUAGCCAUUGCUUAAAGUUUGUGGUUAACUGUUAUUUGCACAUGACAGAUUGGAAGAAAUUCUGCAUUUCAAAGAUGACAGUUAAAUCUAGGAUUGUGUUUACAGAACAAAAUGUUUGUAUCUUCCACUGGGAAUUCAAUUCUUUUUUUAUACUCUUGAGAGUAAACUAAAAUGUUUUCCCUAGUAGAUUAAUUUGGUUAUAAGCGUACCUUGAAUUCACAUCCUUUUAGGUGAAUUUGGACAUUUGAGUUUUCAGUGCAUUCGUUACUAGUAUGUUGGAACAAAAAGGAGGAAUGUUAAAUUCCACAUUAGAUUUUUACUGUCCUGUUUUUACAUUGAACAUUAGUCAUGCAAUUAGGAAAGUGCAGCUCUUCCUGUAAAAUUGCUUUUUCAGUUAAUUUUCAUACUAUUUCACUCCUGAAAAGAGGAAUGACUUAAUGAGACCUAGAGCAAACUACCUUCCACUGAAAUAAGGCUCUUCAACUUGACUUUUUUAUGUUCAGUGAAACUAAAAACCUUUAACUCUAAAAAUUAAACUCUAAAAUUAUAAAACUAUUUUAUACUUAUUUCUUUAUUAAAAACCUAAGCUAAAGUAUAAUACUUUAUAUUAUAAUACAAUGAAACUUAAUAAAAUUUUAUCUGCGUAGUCUGUAGACCAGGACUGGUUUUAUUAUACAGGCAAAAUGAACACUUGUUUAGGUUACAGUAUGUACGUAUAAUAAGCUGUGAAGGUCAGAUGAUUUCCAGUUCAUCUGUGAUUACGAAAGAUCCAUUGUCAAGCCUGAACCUAGGAAUCUGUUUGCUGCUUUCUGGGUCAGAGUCCCAUAUCGGUGGUCCUUUCUGUUUUCAAUAUCCCAUAAGCCAUUAGUGGUUUCAUAAAAUACAAUUUUGCAUCUCUGAUGUAGCUGCUUUUUGUCACGACUAUAUUUAAAAAUGGAGCAAAUUUACUGAAACUAGAAUUGGAACCAGAAAAUUUAGGAAUUCAAUUAGGAAAAAGCCUUUUACAGUAUGGGAAAUUGCUCAAAUUACAAAACAUGUAUGUUUAAGCAAAUUUUUUUUGGUAUGAGUAGAUUUCUUUUAACAUUGUAUGAUAAGGUCAACUCUUGUUUAUUUAACAAUAAAGGCCUUGAAAAUUUAACGUGUUGGGGAUGUUGCAUGUAGAAAAUGCAAAGAAGAAAAAUAUAAAGGUAAAAUGUUCAUAUAUAAUUUGAUCAUGCAAUGUUUUGAGCCAAAGGUUAAAAAAAUUUGUGGAUUUUUCUUUGCUUCAGUUUUUCAUAUUUUAAGGUUAUUAUCUUAUUAUGCAAGCAUGAUUCAUUAUGUAAAAGAUAUAUGUGGAUCGAUAUGUCAUUGCAUCAGUUAUUUUGAACAUCUGUAGCCCUGCCUGUUUUUUUUAGGAUGAGGUUUUAUUUUUAUUCCAACCAAUAUGUUCAGUGCAAUUCUCAUGAAUAGGAAUUGCAAGUGAAUGACUUAAGGACAAAAUGGUGACCUUUAAGUAGCAAUUUGUUUUUUCCCUUUAUUGAUGUAAAAUGUAUUUUUAUUUGCAUAAAAAAGGAAGUUUUUUUAUUAUUUAAAGAAACAAACCAUUCAAAAAAGGCUUUUAAGGGCUUCUGGAAAUGUGUAAAUAAUAUUUAAUCAUAUUUCAUCUUUUACUUUGUCAGGCUAAAGUAAAUGCUCUGCUAUAAGUGUAGUGUGUGUGUGCAUAAAAGUAUUAUUAUGAAAUAUAAAUUAUUUAAUAUUUGACUGAUUCCAGUAACUUUGAAAAUACUACAUUUGCCUGUGAGCUUUUGAACUGUUUUCUCUAUUAGAUACUCUAUUCACUUUCUUUGUAUAAUUAUUAUUCUCUAUGAACUGCUUUACUUGUAUAUUAUAUUUGUUUGACCAAUUUUAACUUAGUAAUUCAUAGUCCUAGAAUCUUACUGAAUAUAGUCUGAUAUGGAAUGUGUUUCUCUUAUGCUUAAACAGAUUCCAGUCUAUGUUUUGAGAGUGUUGGGGGGCUUGGGGUUUGUAUUUCAAAGAUAUAUUUUAAUCUUCAUUUUAUCAUAAUUAUUGGUAAUCUUUUGGCAAAUAUAGUCUAGUUAUUUUUCACUGACUAAACAAUUUGCACUACUAAAUAUUUUGGCUUAAAAAAAAUUACCCGUGUUGUCAGUUAUGAGGUAAACUAUUAUAGUUUGGCAAGCCAGGUAAAUGUAAUAUUUAAGAGUCAGAGAAUAGUUGAAAUUUUUUGUUUAGUUUUGGUUAGGGACUUAGAUCAUAGAUUCAGAAAAUUCCCAUGGCUAAAAAUUAUUUACUCCAAACUCAUAUUCUACAGAUAAAACUAAAACAUUACUUGCUGAAGAUUAUGUUUGUAGAGCUGUGAGUAAAACCGAGGUAGCCACCUUGACUCUUUCCUUUCCUUCCCUUCCUUCUCUCCUUUUUUCCUUCCCUUUCCUUUUUAUCAUUACAUCAUGGAUUGACAACUGGAAGGAACUGCAGAGAAUAUCUAGUCCAAUCCCUUCAUUUUCCAGAUAAGGAAAUUGAAGUCCAGAGGGGUUCAGUGACUUGCCUCACAUCACACAGAGAGGAAUUUGCAGAGCUGGGACUCUAAACCCAAGUACAAUACUCUUUAAAAGACAUACUGCCUCUCUUCAAUAGUUAAUAUUUUUAAUGUCUAUUCAAUUUGAAAGCAAUUAAUUUCCCACUUAUUUCCUGAAACAUUUUCAUUGAGUAGUUGUAUCCUGUGAAACUUUCAAAAGUAGACAAUUAAUUAAUAUUCAAUAUUGUGGAGGGGUGGAAAAUGAAAUUUCAUGGGUGCCCUUACCUCCAGACUCCAAAUUUCUAAAAAUGAUACUUCACCAAGUGCAAGAAAGCUUUGACUAUGUUUGAUUUUUUUUUUCCUACUAGGGAUAUUAUUUUACAUAUUUCCCACUGACUUUUCUUAAAGUGAAACAUUACAGUACAAGCCUGUAAGUUGUAAUUUUAAAGUCAUUUAAUAUAAUUGUUUAUUUUAAAAAAGAACAUUGGAAAAAAUAGUAGGCUACAGGUAAGUUGCUGGUCUGUAUAUACAAGCCUAGAGACUUGGAUUUUAGUCCUGGGCUUGCCAAUAAUUAGCUGUGUAAAUUUAAGCAGAGCAUGCAACCUCUCUGGGCCUCAAGACCCCCUCAUAACAUAAAAUAUGGGGUUUAACUAGAGGAUCUCCAUGUUGCCUUAUAGCUCUAGCAGUUUAUGAUCUAAGUGAUCUCUUAUUCUCCUUUAUAUGAUUAAUAUAUGUGUAUGUAUGUAUGGAUGGAUAUAUAUAUAUGUGUGUGUGUGUAUACAUAUAUAUAUAUAUAUAUAUACAUAUGUAUAUAUAAGCUUUGUAUAUCUUUGUAUAUCUUAUGGUCUUUAAUAUAUGUGAAGUGUUGCUGUCAAGUAGACUAGGAGUAAAGAGAAAUUUUCUUUCAAAUUCAUUCAUCAUAGUGGGAAAAAUAAUUCUCAAUCUUCACUGUGAAAGGCAUAAAAGAUAUAGGGCUAUUCUCAGAGACCCAGAAGAUAACUUCAGGGCUUGCCUGUGAAACAUAAUGAGCGGUCUUUCCAUCAUUUUGUGAGUUGGGGCACUAAGAUUUUAACACAGGUUAUAGGUAAGAAACUGGUCUUCAUAUGCUCCUUCCACACAGAUAAAAUCACAAGUCCAGCCUUGCCUUCUGUCCCACAAAUCAGCACAUGCUUAUUAAAUAAUCUAGAUUUUUCACAAGUUGAAGGACUUCUGUUCCUCAAGCACAUAUUGACUUAGGAAUUCAUUUUGUUAUGCAUUUCCCAAUUAAAUCUGGUUCAGGCAACACUUGGGGGAAUACGGAGAGCAUUUGACACCUCUGCCGUAGAAGACCAGUUUGAAUACAGGGUCAUUGUAUAUGUUUUUAGUGUCAUCAAGCUAAGUUAUAAAUAUGUAACACACAUAUCUACAUCUGCAGUAGACCAGUGUAUUUAUAUUAACUAUUAUAAGAUACUAAAAAUGGAUUUCUUAUGUGUUUGAUGCUGUCAGUAAAAACAAUAUUACACAAUAGCUUUUUUUUUUUUAAUUUUAUUAUUUUUUUUGCAGGGCAAUGGGGGUUAAGUGACUUGCCCAGGGUCACACAGCUAGUAAGUGUUAAGUAUCUGAGGCCGGAUUUGAACUCAGGUACUCCUGAAUCCAGGGCCGGUGCUUUAACCACUGUGCCACAAUAGCUUUUUAAUAUAUUUGGUUAUAAGCAUAUUUUAAAUCAUCCUUACCUAUACUUAUCUUUGUGUACAUUUUACUAUAAUAGUGACAGUAAGCCUUGUGGUUCAGUCGAAGAGCCCUAGCUUUAGUGUCAAAUUGGUUCAAAUUCAACCUCUAUCAAUUUAUACCCAUGAUCAUGGGGAAGUCAUUUAACCUCUUGGGGCGUGUUUUUAAAUCUCUAACAUGAAGAGGUUGAACUAGACAGCUUCUAAAGUCCUUUCUAAUUCUUGAGCUCUGAUCCCAAGUGGCGAAAUAGCUUUUUCUUUUUUAUUAGGAUUUAUUCUAAAACUAAUAAUAAAUAGAUACAUUACAGAUAACAGCAAUAAAACAGUUAUAUUAUAGAAAUUGGAAAUCAGCUAAAACUUGACUAUUUUACUUAACAUAAUAGAACAGACAACCUCAGAAUUUACAUUCUGUACAGUAUGGCUGAUACUAUAGUACGUUGAGCUGUUUCUUAUCAGUCAUCAAGUGGAAGUCGUUACUAUACCUUUCAAGUUUUAGGUUUUUAUCUCAAUGGCUGAAUGUGCUACCAGAACAACUUAAAAUUCUGGCCACCUAUUCAAUUGGUGUUAAUUUAAGUGUGGGUUGGCCAGGAUGUAUUUAAGAUCAUUGUCAUGGAAAAUUUACCUAAGUUUUCUAAGUUUACUAUGUUUCCUUAAUGGAUUAGCCUGCCAAACACCAUAGCUAACAACUAUGUAGAAGUGUAGUGGUUUGUGCUGUAGGUUAUAUAAAAUUACUAGUAUUAAAGGAGAAUAUUGAUAUAAGUGCUUUAUGAUGUGACAAGAAAAUUAAAAUGAAUGACUCCUUAAUGAAAAUACUAAGUGUACACUUGGAGCUUUGCAAUAAGACAAAAUUCUUUGUGGAACACAGGUAAAACAAACUUAAGGAAAAGCAGAAGCGGCUUUCAAUAAACCAGUGUUUAAUUUGUUCAAAAUUCUGGUUUAAAAGAUUCUCUUCUGAUAAAAAUCCAAAUUCUUUUAGAAAACAAUUACAAACUGAAAAGAAGUUGGGGAGCUUACGUUACUUGGGCUUUGCUAAGAAAAAUACUAAUGUAGGUAAAAGCAAGGAUGCAUUGGAUGUGAGAAUGACAAUAAUAGAUGGAAAAUAUAGCAUAUGCAGAUUUGCUUUCUCCUGCACUUAUUCUAUGGAAAGUCAAAAUGUGAAUGAAAUAGAAAAAGAGACAGGGGUGUUCUCCAUGCUUUCAAAAGCAAGAAAGUAAAAGAACUAAAGGUUUCCUUUCAAGCUUUAAGGAAAUAAAAUAAUGAAAGAUUGGGAAGUUUUAAUGAGAAAGAUACCAAAUUGGAUCAUUUUGCUAAUUAUUAGUAUGGUAUUUAUGCUCAUGCUUGUCUGUUUGAAUAGUUAUAUUUUCAUGAAGUGAAAAAUUCAGUGAAUUUAUAUCAUAGGCAAAAAAGUAUAUUUUGGCACUAUAUUGUCCUCCUGUAGCAGUAUUUCAGAAUUCCAAGUCAGAUUAGUCAUAAAGCUCAAAGAACUAGUAGUCCUUAAGGGAUGAGGUAACCCAACCACCCCAUUUUACCUAUAAGGAAGUUGAAGCCCAGUGACUUUCCCAGGGUCACACAGUAAGAGACAACAGGCAAGAUCUGGAUCCAGAUUGUAUAACCAGUUUUUGGGUUUUUUCCCCCCACUGUAUCAUUGUAAUCUGAGGAAUGAAUAGGAUCAUAGGAUCUGGAAGGGAACUUUGAGAUCAUUUGUUACAGUAUGUCAUGGGGGGGGGUGGCAGUGUGACAUUAUUCUUGGAUGAAAUGAAGACUCUAGUGGUUAAAUAACUUGACUAUGAUACAGACAGAGUAGCCACAGGCCUCAUUGCUGAAGUACACGUAGUAACCCUCAGAACAUGCUUAUUAAAUAUUUACUAUAUUUUAAGAUCUUGUGCUAGAUGUGUAAAUCUGUCAUGUACACACAUAAGAGUUAAACAUAGGUAAAGGAGAGCACCAAAGUGUUCAAAGGAAAACGUGAGGAGAGAAUGCUUAAGGAAUGAGGGAAUGUUCAUUGUGGGGGGAGUUCCUGAGCUCAUCCUUAAAGGAAGUGAAAGAUUUCUACACACUGCAAUGAGGGGUGUAUUCCAGGGAUGGGGAACAACCUUCAUGAACUCAAGGAGAGAGGAAGCAGGAUGGGAAAGAGAACUGCUAAUUGUCCAGUUUAGCUGCUGGAAUGGUAAAUUGGAACCAGAUGUUCAAGGGCCUUAAAUGCCAAAUAGGGGAGGUCCCACUUUCUAGUCAAUAAAUAAGUAGCCACUGAAAGUUUCUGGAGCAGAAUGCUAUGGUUAGACCUGUGCACUACAAAGGAAACAUACCUUUUGGGACAUGCAUGGCUGAUGGAGGAAGUUUUGCUUAACUAUUGCAGUCAUCUGUGAAGGAUAGACUGGAAGAGGGGAAAGAGACCAGAGGCAGGGAAACCAGUAAUGAGGCUGUUACACAGAAAUAGUCACACAGGUAAGAGUUAAUGAUUCCACAAACUAGGGUGGUGGCAGUGUAGUAGAGAAAAGGUGAGAGGAAAUAUAGUGAAGGUACAGCUGACAGGCUUGGAACCAAAGGUAUAUUGAGGGAUUAAUCGAACAGAUUUUAAGGUUAUUUGUAGAAUGACACCCAUUUGAAUAUAUAAUUUUGGUAGUUAAGUCUUGUUUCAAAUCCAUGUUUUAUAUUAUGACUUAUACUGUGUUAUUACCCUUGAUAAUAAUGAAAGUUAUCAAGCAAUAAAUCAGAUUUUACAAAUCCACAUAAAGCUUGAUGUAAACACAGCUUGUUAUAAUAUUCAAUUUACUGUAAUAUGGGUCUCUGGACUUUAUCAAAGUGAUGUUUUCAUACAGAUCCCAAAAUAACAAAUGUGAAAUGUUACAGAAUGAAAAAAAUCUCUUGAAAUGGGCUUCAUUAUCUGUUUUUAGGGACUAAUAGCAGUUGGUCACACAGAUACACAUUAGGGACCUACUGUGUGUCAGUGUGCUAAAAGUUGGGGAAACAGGUAAAAGGACAAGUUUCAGCCCUCAGGGAGCUCACAAUCUAAUGGGCAAGAUAGCAAGCAAACGUGUAUAAGCAGGCUGGCCACAUGCAGAACAGGAAAUAAUUAUGAGAAGGAAGGCACUAGAAUUAAGAGGGGUUGGGGAAGGAUUUCUGUGGAAGAUGGGAUUUUAGUUAGUACUUAAAGCCAGGAAGAUCAGUAGUAAGAACAGUGGAGGGAGAACAUGACAGUCAAGGGUGACGGGCAAAGAAAAUGCCUGAAGAUGAGAUGGAGUGUCUUGUUUGUGGAUCAGCAAGGCCAGUGUCACUGGAUUGAAGGGUAUGUGGUGGAGAGUAAGGUAUAAGAAGAUUAGAAAGGUAGGAUGGGUCUGGGUUAUGAAGGGCUUUGAAUUUGAUUCUGAAAGCAAUAGGGAGUCACUGGACUUUAUUGAGUGAGGGGGGGCGGGGCAAGGCGCCCUGGUCACACCUUUCUUUGCUUUUAGGAAAAUCAGUGGACUAGAGGAUGUGUAAGAGUGGGGCAGACAUUUGAGGCAGACAGACCCACCAGUCCAGGUAUGAGGUGAUGAGGGCCUGCCUGUAUCACAAAGAGGUAUCUACAAAAGCAAGUGCAGAAGUGAAAUCACUUUGG